AUGUGGAUUGGAGGAGGGUCACAGUGCCCAUUUGAGUGGGACCUGCCUGCUCCCAUCACACGCUAUCUUCUCCUGAUCUCCAGCAUGGUGUGUCUGUAUUUCUCUGGAGGCUCCUGGAUGGCAGCUCUGACAGUGAUACUGAUGGUGCUGAGCCCUUCCCUGGUUUGGACCAAGGACACCCAACCACGUUUCAUGGUGCAGGUUAAACAUGAGUGUCAUUUCUCCAACGGGACGGAGCGGGUGCAGUUCCUGGACAGAUACUUCUAUAACCUAGAAGAGUACGUGCGCUUCGACAGCGACUGGGGGGAGCAGGGCGGGGAGUACCGGCCGGUGACCGAGCUGGGGCGGCCGGACGCCGAGUACUGGAACAGCCAGAAGGACGUCCUGGAGCGGAAGCGGGCCGAGCUGGACACGGUGUGCAGACACAACUACGGGGUUGUUGAGAGCUUCACGGUGCAGCGGCGAGUGGAGCCCACGGUGACCGUGUAUCCUGCGAAGCCCCAGCCCCUGCAGCACCACAACCUCCUGGUCUGCUCUGUGACGGGCUUCUAUCCAGGCCACAUUGAAGUCAGGUGGUUCCGGAAUGGCCAGGAAGAGGAGGCUGGGGUGGUCUCCACAGGCCUGAUCCCUAGUGGAGACUGGACCUUCCAGACCAUGGUGAUGCUUGAAACGGUUCCUCAGAGUGGGGAGGUCUACACCUGCCGAGUGGAGCACCCAAGCUGGACGCGCCCUGUCACAGUGGAAUGGAGGGCACAGUCUGAAUCUGCUCAGAGCAAGAUGCUGAGUGGAAUCGGGGGCUUCGUUCUGGGUCUGCUCUUCCUUGGGGUGGGGCUGUUCAUCUACUUCAGGAACCAAAAAGGACACUCUGGACUUCAGCCUACAGGACUCCUGAGCUGAAGUAAAGAUGGUGACACUUAAGGAAGAACCUUCUGUCCCAGCUUCUUUGCAGCAUGAAAAAAUUUUCUGAUUAGCUCUUAUUCUUCCUCAAAGAGAGUGUUUUCUCAGGAUCUGCUUUGCUCCUGGUUCGUGACCCUGCAGAAAAUGUCCUCCCUGAUGGCUUCCUCAGCCUGCCCUUGACCUGGGAACCCCCAAUAUUGAUUGCAAUACCUUAUCUUCAUUCUUUCCUGAUCCUCUUUAAAGGUUUUCAACCUUUACUGCCUCUUGUGCAUCUGAUCUCAUUCUGCCCACGUUACCUAUAAAGUUUUUCUCAAAUAAAUAUGGAGUGAAAAUCAUCUGCUUCAUACAGCUUCAAGGAAAGAAGUAGGAAGAAAAAGGGACAAAUUGCAUCACAGAACUGAAACUGGAAAGUUUCCUUCCUUCCUUCCCUGCUUUUCUCUUGGGCUUUCUGCAUCCUGUCAUAGGCGUAUUUUCCCGAGCAAGGAGAAAGCCGUAAUGAACCCAUAUCAUGAUGGUCUUUUACAUCUUUGCAUUUCAAAGACACGUUCCUUUACACAAUGGGGUACAGAAAUAAGACAACAAAUAUAAGAAAUAUGGAUACCUUGUGAGGAUGUGAUGCUUUCAAUACUUUUAUUUUGAGAAAUAAAGAGCAAAUCAUGCUA